CUGCAGUGACCGCGAUGGGACUCUAUGAGAUAGCGAGAUGGACUAUUGGGGAUGAUUGUAUGAAAACGCGUUAGCACGGUGAAUAUCACAUGGGGGAUAGCAGUGUAUUGGUCCUGGCUUUUUGCGUCAUUACAGUAAGGUCGUUUUUAUAAUAUUGGAUGACAAUUACCAAUUUAAAGCAGAGGAUAGAAAGUUGACCUGAUUGCCUUUGGAUGUUGCGGUGCUCAUUGUAACCGGCGGUGAUGUUAAUGUAAGUUGCAAUUAAUAGGUUAACUAUCUGCUGGACUUGUAUUCUAAUCCUACAGAGGAAAAGAGGAGAAGAGGGCAACAGGAAUCUGACAUUUUACGGAACUGUCUCGAGAGAUUGAAAGCAAACUGUUUGCAAAGGACAUUUGUAAAGACGUAUCCAUAUUUACCCAAAGUGUUCAUUUGUGUAUUUGUAUUUAAGUAAUUAGUCAGUGCUGAAACGCACCAUUAUGGCACAUUGCUGUUAAAGCCAUAAUGGAAAUGUCUGUGGUGUUUAUGAAACAGUAUUGGUCUUGGCCAUUUAAUUUAAUUAUUUUCAAAGAGAGGAACUAGUUCAGCAUGACAGUUUUAGUCACAUUUCGACACACUGCACGAACUUUAGGCUACUGCUGAAGAGACAAGGUGAAUGAUCUUUCAGGUUGCAGCCUUUUAGAAACUUUUAGGUUCAUUAUGAUAGAAACAUCUUCGUCAUGUUAGUCAUGAUUUUAUUAAUUGUUCCAAAUGUGCUAUUUUGUAUGACUGACUGAUGCCAGCAUUAAAUGCCAACAUUGUUAUUAUUACAUAAUAACGACAGAGUAGUGGACACGUCCUUCAUGUCUAGAGUAGAAAACACAUUACCCUGAUAGUGCUUGCUGACCUUUGCUGUUUAAAUGUUAGAUAUUUGGAUCUUAUUUUCAAAAUAACACGUACGUUACAUUAUGGAAGAAAUUCAUUUUAGGGCACUAAGAUGUUUUUUUCAAUAACCCUGUGACGUGACACUAGCUUACGAUAUGACGUCGAGAUGUUACGUUAGCAGUUAUUGUAAACUAUGGUUAGGUCACAAUAAAACAGCGUAUUCUGUCGCUUCCCAUCAAUGAAAAGGCUCAAGUGCAGCAUGAUGCGUCCCAGACUAUUGAAGCCGUCAAUGACUCCAAGGACUGUCGACGAGAAGGGCAUGGGAUCAUAAGUGACACUGGUCUGUUAAUGGAGGAAGUGAACCGAAAGGAAAUAGAAAGUUGACAUCAGUGUUUUUUGAAAGAGGACUGUGGAUGCACAGACAUGCAGCUGUGGAUGGGACCAGACAGUCGCCAAAUGGGAUAGAGUUGACCGAACUGUCGACACUCGUGGAUUACAGAACAUUUCCAUCAUUGCAACACACAAACACAGGCGCGCGCGAAGAAGUCAUCUAAAGGACGUUCCCAAAACACACCCAGAUAAAUGCUAAAUUACUAAUUCAUCAUGCGGACAAAGUUGAUGUAAAAAAGAGAGCGCAGUGUCCAUGCGUGUCUCUCCUGAGGUCUGGACCUUGGUUUGGAUUGUGUUGUUCUUUAAUGCCAUGGGCUGCAUCCAGAGUAUCAGGUGUAAGCCGAAGAGUUUCCGCGAGAGUAUCAGCGUUUUGGAAGUGAACUCCUCCAUUGACCCAAACCCCACCAGCAUAGACGAGUCCUCCAGCGUGGUGCUGCGAUACAGGACACCGCAUUUCCGAGCCUCGGCUCGGGUUCUGGUACCGCCGGUGGCCGGGAAAGAGACGUGGACCGUUGGCUGGAUUCAAGCAUGCAACCAUAUGGAGUUCUACAACAAAUACGGAAACAAAGGGAUGUCCAGCUGGGAGCUUCCGGACCUGCGGGACGGUAAAAUCCACGCCAUAAGCGACUCGGACGGCGUGAACUACCCCUGGUACGGCAACACCACAGAGACGUGCACCAUCGUGGGCCCCACCAAGAAGGACACGCGCUUCACGGUCAGCAUGAACGACAACUUCUACCCGAGCGUGACGUGGGGCGUGCCGGUCAGUGACAGCAACGUCCCGCAGCUGAGCAGCAUCCGCCGCGACCAGAGCUUCACCACGUGGCUAGUGGCCAUCCACCAGGGCACGGGCGAGACGCUGGUGCUGCAGACGGUGCGCUGGCGGAUGCAGCUGCACAUCGCCGUGGACCCAGACAAGCCGCUCGGCCAGCGGGCGCGGCUCUGCGACCCCGUGGCCCAGGAGCAGCCGCAGGUGCUGGUCAAGAACGAGGCCAUCCCGGCCAACGCCAUGGUCAAGCCCAACGCCAACGACGCUCAGGUGCUCAUGUGGCGGCCAAAGACGGGCGACCCCAUCGUGGUCAUCCCGCCCAAGUACUGACUGACCGACUGACCCCUGAACCCUGACCUCUCGCCCCUGCAGGCGCGUCCUGUCUCCUUUUCUAAACGCAGAGAUGCGGAGAGCACGGACCGGAGCAGGACUCUCCUCCUGGAGAGGGAGAGGGAGAGAUGAACAGAUCAAACUGGACUCUCCUCCGGGAGAGGGAGAGGGAGAGAUGAACAGAUCAAACUGGAAUAAAACCAAGAACUACAACUAUUCUACCUUCAAACUGGGUCGGGAUUCACUGUGCUAUAUAUAGACAUCGCAAAAAAAAGGAAAGACACAAAAAAGAAGAAGAAUGAUUUGGAGCUUGUUUUGUUUGUUUUGUUUGUUUUGUUUGUUUUCUCUGUUGUUUUUUUCAGUGGGAGUUCAGAAGAGAAUGAUGAGUAUUUGUUUAUUGAGAAGGUUGGCACAUGCACAUAUGCACAGCUUUUUGGUGGUGUUAUAGUCUAAGGUGUGUGAAGGAACGGGCAUUUUUGUAAUGGAAAGCACCUUUGGGCUUCGACUAGAUGAGGCGGGCGUACAGACGCUGUGUUUGAGUGACACGCUCGUGUACUAGUGUAGACAUUCAAUCCAUGCUGCCUUAUGUUUACAUUGCUUUUCUCACUCAGACUUGUAGCCUUAAAAUGAUGUGCAAUGCAGUAUUCCUCCCUCACACACACACACACACUUACCUGGUCCACAUCCGCUGCUGGUCUGUGACCCGGGACCCGUCCAGAGUUUGGAGAGAACAGGCUAGUGGAGAUCUCCACAGCAACCAUACCCCUCGUCCAACCAAUCUGUGAUGUGCUCCUGAUCGUGACAAGGUCAGAGGUCAAGGUCAGACAUGGAGACAGUACUGUGAUGUACUCCUGAUCGUGACAAGGUCAGAGGUCAAGGUCAGACAUGGAGACAGUACUUUUAUGUGCUCCUGAUCGUGACAAGGUCAGAGGUCAAGGUCAGACAUGGAGACAGUACUGUGAUGUGCUCCUGAUCGUGACAAGGUCAGAGGACAAGGUCAGACAUGGAGACAGUACUGUGAUGUGCUCCUGAUCAUGACAAGGUCAGAGGUCAAGGUCAGACAUGGAGACAGUACUGUGGCGUGUGACUGGAUAAGUUGUAGUUCUUGUAGUAUUUGCAGCUUUUAUAGAACACAAUAGUAGCCGGCGCACACUCUGGGGGGGUCAGACAGGCCAACUGGACUGGGGGGGGGGGGGGGGGGGUCUGCUGCAGCUCCUCCUGAUUACUGAGUAACAAGACAAGACAUUGUGUGAUGUGUGUGUGUGUGUGUGUGUGUUCUGGGAAGACAAGCGAUGUAUGUGUGUGUGCGUGUGUGUGUGUGCGUGUGUGUGUGUGCGUGUGUUCUGGAAAGACAAGACAUCGUGUGUGUGUGUGCUGACAUGAGAGAGCCAGAUCAGUGA